UCAGUCUUCCUCGUGAUUCUGUCCCUCUCGGCGCCGUGGUCUGAUCCGGCACCGGACGCGCAUAAAUCAUGGUCAGCGCUGCAGCGUCCAGACGAGUGCUGUGGGCGUUCCCAACCAAGCCUGAUCCGACCGCGUAGUCUCCCGCUGCGACAGUAGUGCCCGUCCCAGACCAGGAUCCAUUUGAUAACAGACGCUGUGCACGCCGCCCUCCUUCUGCUCCGCUCCCUUUUAAGUCUGCUCUGUGCGUGCAGAAACCGCACACGCGCCCCAAAUGGACAUUCGCGGCAAGCAGCCGUCGACCUGGGAUGAGUACGAGCACCGCGGCUCCGUCGACUCGACGGGCAGCACUCCCAGUCGCGUGCGCUGGGGCGCCGGCGCAGACCUCGAGCGCAGAGAGAGCGGGCAGAGCACGGCCACGGGCCUCGAGGGGCGACUGCCAGGCCUGAGGCGGCGCGGCUCCUCGAUUUCUCAGGGCCUCCAUGCCAUAGGCCAAGCGGGCGGCGUCAACAGCAUCAACAACUUCGCCCGCUCGUGGCAGCGAGCCGCCGGCUUCUUCGAAAUCACCCCCGUGCGCCCUUCCUUCCGGGUUUCGAGCGACGACGGCGCCGACGACGACGCAGCCUUCCCACGCGCCGGCCUCACCCCUUCCGACCACCGUUCACUUCUGCGAGCAGCGUUCGAGACCGACGGGAGACGCUCCUCGGACGAUGCCGUGGCAGACGACGAGCACGGCGAACCCACCGAGGAAUCGGCUCUGCUUUCGACCCCCGUAGGACAGCGUCUAGGCGGACUGAGGAGCCAGAGGUCAGAGAGCAUAUUCCAGAUCGAACCGUCGCUGUCGUCGCCCUUUGGGGGGAGCUAUGGAACAUCGUAUGGCAGCCUUUCGGCCCGCAUCAACGAGUCGUCCAUGCGCCAUGCCGGCCGUCUGUUCACGGAGCAGCAGAUGAAAGGCGUCGCCGAGCCCGAGCAGCAACGGGAGCCUCUGCUAGUCAAGCAAAUCGAAGAGGAUGGGCACGUUAUCAAUGUGGUCGUGGGCCAGUCAACCCUCCCGCAGACCAUCUUCAACAGCGUCAACGUGCUGAUUGGAGUCGGCCUACUGACCCUCCCACUUGCAUUCAAGUACUCCGGAUGGGUUGUCGGCAUCAUCUUCUUGAUCUUCUCGGCAGUGUCAACGCAGUACACUGCAAAGCUGCUCGCCAAGUGCCUUGAUGUGGACAGCUCGCUCAUCACCUUCGCGGAUCUUGCCUACGUCUCUUUUGGCAACAGUGCCCGAAUUGCCACAAGCAUUCUCUUCUCGCUCGAACUGCUCGCCGCAUGCGUUGCUCUCGUGGUGCUCUUUGCAGACAGCAUGGAUGCACUUGUGCCUGGAUAUGGAACUUUCUCGUGGAAGAUUGUCUGUGGUGUCAUACUGGUACCGCUUGCUUUCCUCCCGUUACGGUUGCUUUCUUUCACCUCCAUCCUCGGCGUCAUGUCCUGCUUCGGAAUCACCAUCGCGGUCGUCGUCGACGGCCUCAUCAAACCCGAGCAACCCGGUUCCCUGCGCCAACCCGCAACCCAAUACCUCUUCCCGGAGAACUGGAUGACCAUCCCCCUCUCCAUGGGCCUGCUCAUGUCCCCCUGGGGCGGCCACUCCGUCUUCCCCAACAUUUACCGCGACAUGCGGCAUCCUUACAAGUACCGUAAAGGCGUCAACAUCACUUACAUAUUCACCUUCCUGCUCGACGCUGGCAUGGCCUGCGCGGGUAUCCUCAUGUUCGGCGACUACGUCCGCGACGAAAUCACGUCCAACAUCUUCAUCACGCCGGGGUACCCCGCUCCCCUCUCCGUGUUCAUCGCCAUCUGCAUUGCCAUCGUGCCGCUUACCAAAGUCCCGCUGAACGCCCGCCCGAUCAUUAGCACGCUGGAGGUCGUGCUCGGUCUUGACAACCGCUCGCUCGGAGUAAGUUCGAGCAUGACGGGCAUGUCUGGCAUGAACCGCGGUCUGUUCAAGUUCUUCCUCCGGGUGAUCGUUAUCAUCGUGUUCGUCAUCAUCGCGAUCGUGUUCCCGUCGUUCGACCGCAUCAUGACACUGCUCGGCAGCGUGGCCUGCUUCUCCAUCUGCAUCAUCCUGCCGCUGAUGUUCCACCUGAAGCUGUUCGGGCAGGAGAUUGGCAGGGCGGAGAAGGUGAUGAACUGGGUGUUGAUCAUUGUGAGCACCAUUAUGGCGGUCGUGAGUACGGUGUUUGCGUGUCUGCCAAAGGAGUUGAUUGGAGCGAUGCCCAAGGAGAUGGGUAAAGCCAUGUAAGGGAGGAAUAUCUUGCCAUUGUUUUGAGUACUGCUGUGUUCAGUGGAUGAUUGAUUUGGUCAAGGAAACGUAGCUUGGAUAUCCAUCAUGCAUGCAUUGCAGGGCGUUGGUACAGUUGGAGCGCGCAUUUGGUAUAUUAGUUCCACCAAUGUUACUCAUUGCAACUCAGACU